AAAUAGUAGAAUUUCAAAACAUAGUGGGUACCUUAAUUGAACUUGUUGAUCAACUGGCAAAAGCUGCUGAAAGUGAGAAGAUGAAGGCCAUCGGUGCACGAAAUUUGCUGAAGUCUAUAGCAAAGCAAAGAGAAGCUCAGGAACAGCAACUUCAGGCCUUAGUAGCUGAGAAAAAGAUGCAGCUGGAACGAUACCGAAUAGAGUACGAGACUCUGUGUAAAAUUGAAGCAGACCAGAACGAAUUCAUUGACCAAUUCAUUUUUCAGAAAUAGAGGAUUUUAAGAUAAAAACUAACUUGGAAACUUGACCAUUCCAGAAUCUUGAGAAUUUCAAAAAUAUGCAAUUUUUCACUGUGUAUGAAUGAAGAGAUGGUUUGUACAAAUGGAAGCGUCUUCUAAUUCGGUGUGGAUUACACUAAAAGUGGCAAUAAGGAGGGCUUUCUAACAGAUGUAAAGACUGUUCUGUCCUUUGAUUUUUAUAAAAGUUUUGUACAGUCAGUAGUUCUAAUUCAAAUUAUAGUUGAAUUAAUACUAUUGUUGCUAUGUUAUGUCUCUCACUUUUUGAAUUGUACAGCUCUUUCAUAGAAAUCAGGAAAUAAAUUAUUGUUUUCAGACUUU